AUGAACGACUGUAAUUCUCCAGAUAAUGCUCCAAUCUUACCAAUCGCCGGAGAUGCUUUUGAGAAAAUGUUCGAUGCCCGUUAUAAAUCUCAACGAGAAAGAAAGGCCGCGAAACCCACCCUUCAAUCUAAGAUUUAUAAUUGCUUAGAAAGACCGGCAGGGUGGAAAUGCUUUCUAUAUCACUUCAGCGUGUUCAUAGUUGUACUUAUAUGUUUAAUUUUGAGUGUUUUAUCAACAGUUGAAGAACAUUCCCUCCAUGCCGCAGAAUUAUUAUUUAUAUUAGAAGUUAUUCUUGUUGUAUUUUUUGCAAUUGAAUAUUGUGUUCGCUUAUGGGCUGCUGGAUGUCGAUCGAAGUAUUUGGGCUUAUGGGGAAGAUUGAAAUUUGCACGAAAGCCCAUAUCUGCUAUAGAUCUUUUUGUUGUAAUAGCAAGUAUAGCUGUUCUACUAUUUGGUACCGAGGGACAAGUGUUCGCAACCAGUGCAAUUAGAGGCGUCCGCUUCUUACAAAUUCUACGGAUGCUUCAUGUAGACCGGCAGGGUGGAACUUGGAGACUUCUUGGAUCUGUUGUUUUUAUUCAUCGACAAGAGCUGAUAACCACUCUUUACAUUGGAUUUUUGGGAUUAAUAUUUUCAUCUUACUUUGUGUAUCUGGCAGAAAAGGAUCACGUUACCCCUGAUAACAAACAAGCGUUUACAAGUUAUGCUGACGCACUUUGGUGGGGUGUUAUCACGAUGACAACCAUAGGGUAUGGCGACGUUGUGCCUCAGACAUGGCUUGGGCGCAUUGUUGCAUCUUGUUUCUCAAUCUUUGCCAUUAGUUUUUUUGCUCUGCCAGCGGGUAUAUUAGGAUCAGGUUUUGCUCUGAAAGUUCAACAGAAGCAAAGACAGAAGCACUUCAAUCGGCAAAUCCCUGCUGCAGCUACUCUUAUACAAUGUUUAUGGAGAUGUCAUGCCACUGAGAGACAUGAAUCAGCUACUUGGAAAGUGCAUGUCGAUCCAUUGUGUAAAGAAACUAAUGAAGUGUAUAAGAAAUCUUCGGAUAUAGCUAAUAGUGGCAGUCUUGAUAUGACGAAUAGGAAAAUGAGCAACAUUUUCAAAAAACAGCAAUCCAAGACGAGUUUACUCCAAAAGAUCAGAGCAACAGGCGUUAGUACUGAGUUGGAUUUGUUUGAGGCUCGCAAGUUCAAAGAACGUACUAGCGAUACAGAAGAUCCCGAUGCCAAAGGUAAACUAGAAGAACUCGAUGACACAGAAGAAACCGUCAAGCUCACUCGAUUAGCUCACGUUUGCGAAUUAACCACAGUUCACAGGAAUGCUAUAAGAGCUUUGAGGAAAAUCAAAUACUUUGUUGCUCGAAAAAAGUUCCAACAAGCUAGAAAGCCAUAUGAUGUUCGUGAUGUUAUCGAACAGUAUUCGCAGGGCCAUCUAAAUAUGAUGGUGCGAAUUAAAGAGCUACAAAGAAGACUAGAUCAAACUCUGGGGAAACCGGGGCAGUACACUGGGACGUCAACUCGAAAAGGACAGUCUAACACUAUUGGAUCAAGAUUAUCGCGAUUGGAAAUGCAGAUCCUCUGUAUGGAUAGGAAGUUGGACACAUCCCUCCAUACAUUAUCCACUCUUUAUCGCUUGCUCUCGAUGGAAAGGGCUUCAACUUCAGUUUCUCCUUCUCCACCGUUUGACUCCAUUGACCGUCCAUUAAGUCCGAGAGAUAAUCUUUCACCUACUCACAGUUUACAUUCGUAG